AUGAUUAUUAUGAGAAUUUUGGAAGCUCAGAAUUCGAAAGAAGCUUUAGAUAAGCAGAUUGCGAUAUUACAUGACCUGCAAAGACAGAAAAUUCAGCUAGAAAAAUAUCUUCAAGAUGUAUAUACGAAUGGCGAUAUAAAUGAACGUGUAAAUGUUGACUGCUCGACAAGUGAUGGAUCAAGCGAUGUUGAUACUUGUAGCAAUUAUAUAGAAGAUUCUAAUCUUGAUACUUUGCAAAAUGAUGCGAAUUCUUUACAAUAUACAAGUGUUUACUAUAUGGGCCAAGGAGAAGAUUGUUCUUCGCCGUUCGCGUUGAGUUUAUCACGAACAAUGCCAGCGUUCAAUGGCGAAGGUGGUGACAGAAAUGUAAUAAGCGUAACAGGUUUUGUCAUUCGAGGCGCUAGAAAGAAAACACACGUGGAAUAUGAAAUCCGUAUUUAUACUGAAACUGAAUCAUGGAGUUUGUUGAGACGUUACAGCAAAUUUAGAGAUUUACACUUGACGAUGAAGUCGAGAUAUGGACAGAAGGUGGCUGAGCUUAGUUUUCCGCCUCGACACCUAUUUUCUUCGUCCUGCUCCGAUGAAACAGCGCGUACGCGUCGGUCUGAAUUAGACACCUAUCUUCAGCGUCUUAUCGAGGUCUGCUCCGAAAUGCCGGAAUGUCCCCUGCACGCCUGCAGGGGGCAACAAUUGACCAAGCUUUGUUUGCUGGAAUUUAGUGACUUCUUCAGAAAAGGUAUGUUUGAAAGCACACGUUACGGUACUAGUUAGAAAGAAAGUUUCAGAAACAAUAGUAGAGUAAUGUAUCGAAUUUGGUUAGUUAUUAAAUUGAAAUCUAUAUUAU